AGUGUCUCCUCCUCGUGAGCUAUGACAGAUAAUAAUAAAGUUAAUUCCCUUGUGAAGUAUGACACACCUGUUCUUGUCACAACGAAAAAGAAAAAUGAAAAAGAUCAAGUACCUCACUUGACAAUGAAAGAUGGCAUCCCUACUGACGCAUCAGAGGUGAGCAGCACUAGCGCCCCAGGUCUGAGCGGCCCCCUGCCCACCGGAGGACCCUUGGGCACAACCCCGGCCACCAGACUCGUUCUCCCGCCCCUACAUGAGCUACGUAAGAAGGAGACAGAGGAGAUCCUCAACUUGAUCCUCCCUCCCAGGGAGUGGGAGGAGGAAGGUCAGCUAUGGGUGCAGUCUGUGUCGACGACCCCGGCAACCUCAGUGGACGUACAGCAGCUUCAGGAACAGCUGGACCUUCGCCUUCAGGAGCAAGCAGCCUUCGAAACCGGUAUCUGUCCCGUCCGCCGCCAGCUGUACACCCAGUGCUUUGACGAGCUGAUACGACAAGUGACUAUCAACUGUGCUGAGCGUGGGCUGCUGCUCUACCGGGUAAGGGACGAGAUCAGGGAGACACUUGACGCCUACCAGCGCCUGUACACCUCCUCCUGUGCCUACGGCGUCAGAAAGGCCCUCAUGGCGGAGGAGCACAAGGUGAAGGUGGGUGCCCGCUGUGACGAGCUGCGCACGCAGGUCGGGGAUAUGGAGGCACGGGCGGCAACACUCCGUCAGGAGAUAGAUCAACUGCAGACAGAAGCUCAGGAGGCCAGGAAGGCGGAAGCAGAUAAGCAUGAGGAAACCAAGACGGUGCAUCAGUCGCGGAUAGAGAUACUUAAGAAGAAACUAGAAGGCAUCAUUAAGCAGGCAACUCAACCCAAGAAGUAAACUGUCAUAAUUUUGUUAUAUUAUUCCAGGUAUUUAUUUAUCAUUUCAUUACUUAUCAGCAUACUAGCCGUUCGGGCGGUUGGUCUAUUCUUUGUCACUUUGUUAUGACCUUUAUUGUCCAGUGUUAGUACAUGAAACGUUAUUACUGUACAUGCAAGCGGAAUUCCCGGAAAAAUCUACCAUGUUUAGUUGGGUCACACUAGCUAACGCCUUUCUCACACGUGUCUCUGACCGAGGAUUGAACUCGAGACACACAAGUGGAGUUUUCAUAACAGUUAAAACAGAUAAGUUACAGAUAGUAAUAAAUUUCACAGCCAAAGAGUUUAUUCUGUUAAUCAUAUUAUGGUUCACCGUUCGUUCAUGUUGACGACAUGCUGGCUUCCAUGUUUGUGCCGGACUUUCCAAAUAGAAGUAGUAAGGUGCAUGCUCAUAUUUCCAGAUAUCCCCAAAGAUAUUGUACGCUUUAUUGUAUGAACUUCCCGUUUUAUGAAUGCCCAUGGAACUUUUUUUUUACUGUUAUCCUCUUCGCCACUGAUCGGCUCGUUAGCCGCUUGGACUGUUGGUCACGUCUCUGUUACGCACUGUUGGCAAGUAUUGGGCAUGUACAGUACUGGUUCCUUGCUAGGAUGACAAGGCGGGAUGUCACUCAUCAUAAUCUGAUCGUCUCCAGGUAUUGGACUUCCGUGGCAGAGACAGUUCAUGAUGACUAGCUCAUGGUUGCUUUGAAUGGAGUUGGCACUGCUCUCUUCGAUCCUCGCCUAAGCGGGUUAAAAUUCAUUGCCCCCCCCCCUCCACAAAAAAUAAAUAAAUAAAUAAAUACACAAAAUAAAAAAUAAAUAAAAAUAGAGGAAAACACAGAGAUUUUAUGAAAACAUUUACUCGAGAGGUGGGCAAUGUCUAACAUAAGGACAGAACCAGACAAUGUGAUGUAGUCGUGGCCAGAAUUAGGUGAGGAUACAGACACAUCUGGCAAGUUAGUAACGCUGUACCCAUAC